AACAUUGUAUUCCCCAAACUGCACUUUUCAAACAAAUUUUGUAAAAAGGCACUCUAAAACAAUAAACCAUAUAUAUAAACAGCAUAAAUCUGUUCAGUAUCCAAAUCCCUCUGAGUCUCUUACAUAAACAUCAAUCCCAACGAAUAUUCUAUGAAAAAACCCCUUUGAGAAAAAUAAUCAAAAACAAUGUACUUUUCAUCGUCUGUACUAAAACGCCUCAUUUUGAUCAAUUUCUUAGCCAUACAACUACUCCUUAUAAGCAGCGAAUUGCCCUUAAACACGACCAAUGAGUAUCUCAACCACAAAUGCUUGGUUAGUGAAGGAAAAUACAAGCCGGGAAGUGAAUUCGAGAGACAUUUAAAUAAUAUCAUCAAAAUGUUCUACAGUGGCAGUUACAGAGGUUUCUACCUGUUCGGUAUGAAUAAUGAUAACGCUAUCCUCCAGUGCCGCGCCGAUUCCUACGGGACCAAGUGCCACGACUGCUUUGCCACCGCCCUCGCUAAGCUUCGCAGGAAAUGUCCGUGGUAUAAGGGCAUGAUAAUUUGGUAUGACCAAUGUCUUCUCGCCAUUACUACUACAGAUGCUAUUGGGAAGAUCGAUUACGACAAUAACUUUUGUAUGUCCAAUGCAAAGAAGUUGGGAGGAGAUAAGAGCGCUUUUACAAGGACUUGGAAAACUCUCAUGGACAAUCUGACGACUUUAGCUACCACCACUAAAGGUAAAGAUACGUACACAAUGUUCUCUGCGGGGGAGACGUUGUACAAGGGUGAUAAGAUGUAUGGAAUGGUGCAGUGUACAUAUGACUUAUCACUAAGAGCUUGUAAGGAGUGUUUGGUUUUUAAUAGCGUGCGUUUUCAAGAUUGCUUGAGUGAUACAAGAGGAGCGAGAUUUGUGGGUGGGACCUGUACUUUUAGGUUUGAGUUUUAUCCUUUUAUUUCUAAGCCGGUCCUAAAUAUUUAAUGAGCUAAAUAAAUGUUAUACUAUUGGUUUGAAUUUUUCAGU